GUUAGCAAAAAAUAUGCAGUAUGAAUCAUUUGAAAUUUAUGUUACUGUGUGUAUGAAAUGAAAAUGCUGCCUGGUACUGAAUAUAUUUAUAGUGAGCAGAGCAUAGCUUCUGCCAGGGCCUCGGUGAUGGUAUACGAUGACACUAACAAGAAAUGGAUACCUAGUGGUUCAUCGUCAGGCCUUUCAAAAGUGCAUAUUUUUCAAAACAUCACCACAAACUCAUUUAGGGUAGUCGCUAGGAAAUUAAAUGAUCAUGAGGUUGUGAUUAACUGCAUCAUUGUAAAGGGACUUAAAUAUAAUCAGGCCACUAACACCUUUCAUCAAUGGAGGGACCAGAAACAAGUAUAUGGAUUGAACUUCAGUAGUCGUGAAGAUGCUGAUGGUUUUGCAAGAGCCAUGACCCACGCUUUAGAUGUGCUAAACAGCAACUCCCUUCCCAGGCCAGCUCCUACUACCAUCACGCCGCAGCCUCAGUCACACUAUCAACAGGCCAAUGGACAGUAUGAGGAGGAUAUGGGUUACAGUCAGAUGAUUCAGAGGCCUACAAUAUACCACCAAGUUACUCCUGCAGAACAACCUAGAAUUGACAUAAACAUGCCAAUUACUAUUAAUACUAAUCAACAUUCCAGGACUAUGACAAGAGAGGAUGUAGCCAUCAUUCAGGAAAGGAGAAUGUCACAACAAUCACAGAUUUCGAACAAUGGAAAUAUAUCAACACCACCAGUGCCACCAGCUCCCGCCGGUGGUCACCAUCGUACCUCCUCAGCACCGCCUGCGCCACAACCUCCUCCAAUGUCUGUAGCACCACCACCUCCUCCUGCACCACCAUCGAUGGCUCCUCCACCACCACCACCCCCUCCUCAACCAGCCAUGUCUCGCUCUUCAAGUACUGAUGGCCAAGAUACGUCCAGUCUGGCCGCACAACUCCAAUCUGCAAGGCUUCGGAGAUCGAAUAAGCAAUCAGCUGAAAACAGUGGUUCAAGUACUAGCAGUAGCGGUAGCGGCAACUACGGCACACUCGGGAGAGGUGGUGGUGGAAUGGCCAGUAUGAUGGACGAAAUGGCUAAAACUCUUGCACGGCGGAGGGCUGCCGCAGAGAGAAAAGAAACAGAUCCUAUUCCACCUCAGGAGCCCGAUUACGGUACUGCUGAAAGGAAGCAGUGGGGAGGAAACAAGGCAGGUGUUGGUAAUGGUCUGGAAGCAUCCCCCAAACCGGGCAGGAAACAGCUGGCUUCCAGUGAAGAAUGUCUCCCUAAAGUCAAUGGCGAAACGCUUGGAGACCUUGAAGCCCUCAAACAAGACCUCCUCCGGGAAGUUCGUAGGGAAAUUAAUAAAGCCAAACUUGAAAUUAUUGAAGCAUUUAAGACUGAGCUGAAUAGGAGGUAAUGGAAGCAAAGAACCAAGUAAGGAAGACAGACUGAAUCAUUCACUGAAAUGUAUUUGUUAUAUAAUGCUCACAGUCAGCAAAGCACUAUUAACAUAUUCCUUCUUUUAGGUAUAUUUUAUUGAUUAAUUUUAAUAAAGAAAGUCUCUGACAAUUCCAGGGUACUUUUGUGCAACGUUGAUUUUUUUUUUAAAUUAUUGUUUUUAACAUUUUUAAUUAAUUACGCAAAGGUCAUUAGUAUUACUUUCAUUGUUAAUGAUAUCAGAAUAUAAUCAAUUUUUCUGAAUGUAAGUAAACUAACAGAAUUACAAAUGGCUUUUCAUAUCUUGAUGUCACUGCCUAUUAGUCACAUGGCCAAUAAAUGGACUUUUAACAUUGUAAUUAUACUUUUAUACUCUGUAAGUUAUAUGUUGCUUAUAACUUUUUUAAAUGUUUAUAUUGCUGAUAUUUUUAUCUUUUUCUUUCUUCUUCCAGCUUUAUUUAUACAAUUUGAUGAGUAUAUGACUGUAAUUAAAAAAAAGAAAAGAAAAAAAGUAGGCCUAAUAAUUUGGUAGAGCAGUAUGUUCGAAUCAUCGGCAUCAAAGUUCAUUUGUGAUUAAAAUUUGUCUGAUAUAUAAGUUAGUGAUUUUUAUUGAUGCGAAAAAUAUCUUCCUUUUUUUUAUACGUUGAUUUUUAUUACUUGAUAAUAUUGAAAGUAAAUAUUUAUACAUUUAUAGCGUCUUGAUAAGUAACUUAUUAUAAAACAUGUAAAUAACAACAUAGUAUGCUAUUAUGAUAUAUUUUAGCCGAUACAAGUGUUUUAGGUAAGAAGAAAUAUAAAGAUAUUGUGUUUGAAGCGAAUAAUCGCUGCACAUUGUUUAAUCAUAUAUAUAUAUAUAUAAUACAUUCUAAUUAUUGUUAACAAUAACUUAUAGCUCAACCUAUAAAUGUAAACCACUAUCUCGAGUGUGUCUCUUAUUAUGUUGGAUACAUUCCGGCGAGUAUUAGUAUAUAUAUAUGUGUGUGUGUGUGUGUGUGUGUGUGUAUGGUAUAUUUAAUUUAUACCGGCAUUUACAAAGACUUGUAAGUAUAAUGAUGUUAAGUGAUCAAAGUUGUUUUAAUCAAAACUGUAUUUAUUAGUCAUUUUCAAUAUUUGCAAACGUAGUUUAUAGCUUAUAUUUGAAAAUUUGGAACUUUCAUAAAUUUUUUUUACUCCUUUCUCAUGGUUUACCAAAAUUAUUUAUAUAUAUUUUUGUUGAUAAUAAAUCGUUUUAUGUUACUAGCAAUUUACAUUAUAUAUUUUAUUUGUACAAAAUCUUGAGAUGUAAACAUGCCUGUAAAUAUGACUUCCAUUAUUUCUUCACUUUUUAGUGUAACUUGUAUGAUAUUGUAUAAUGUGAAAUAUGGUCUUCUCAUAAAACCUAAGUAUUAUAAAUCCACUUAUAAAUAUAUGCUAUUUUUGUGUUAAGUUUGCCGAAUGUAAACAAUAAAAGGCAUCUUGUGAAUGUUUUUGAGUUGUUUUUAAAUUAUGAUGCUUAGGUUUUUAAUUGUUUUUUUAAUUUCAUAUUUUGUGUGUUUAUAAAUUUUUGUAUACAUAAUUUUGUAUAUUUAUUAAAUCUUUGUUUUUAAUGUGAAAUGUUCUUGUUUGAAUGAUUUCUAUCUUUUAUAACUACUUCUGUUAAUUUUUUUUUUUUUACUCAUAAUAAAAGGCAUAAGAUCAUUUGUUAUUCAUUAUACUACAUUUUUUAUAGUUCGGAGUUUAAGCUGAAUCGAAAUUAACAGUAAGUUUUAUGUUGGUUUAUGAAAUUAAUAGAAAAGCAAACCUCUUAUGUAUCAUUUUUGGAGCUAAUAUAUUUAUUUUAUUUACGUUACAAGAAAAAUGUUUAUAUUUGACAUAAUGGCAGUUUUCAACUUAGAUUAAAAAUCUUAUAAACUUUUUUUUUAGUUAAUGGCAACUAGUUUUUGUUUGUUUUAUUUUAAAGAAAUUUUGAUUGAUUUUCAGUAUAUUUAAUUUAAAAAGUCAAUUUAAUUUUGCUGGUUGGUUUCAGCAGUAACUACAUAAAGUGAAGUGAACUGCAUCAUAAGUUGAAAUUACAUUUUAAUCUAUAAAUGCCAUCAUUUGCUAAUAUGCUUUUUUUGUUUUAAUAUGUAUUUUUUUUCUCCCUUAAUAUGAACCCAUCAGUAAUUUGAAUAAAGCUAAUGACAAAUUAAAAUUCAUUCCAACCUCUUUAUAAUUAACAUGACAAAUUUGAUACCUUUACAGAUUGCAAAUUUUAAUCGAUUUAAGGAAAUAAAAAUGAAAUUAUAUAGUUACAAUUUAUUUAGUGUAGUAUCUUCUAUGUUUUGGACAAAGAAACUUCUAAUAUCUUUCUGAAUAUAAACUGCUAAGUUGUUUCAAAGAAGCAAUUAAUUUUAUUUAAGUAUAUAAUAGAUCAUUAUAUGCUAAUUAAAAAUUGUUUAGGUUUCACUGUCAGGAAUUUGCUGUUUUUUUCUCUUUAUGUUGUUGUUAUUAAUAUACACAUGUAAUUACUAAUAAUAUUAAUUGGUUCAAUCGUUAUAAAGAGCUACUUUGCCAUUUAUGAAAUUCCAUUGCAUUUUAAAAUAAUUAAAGAAAAUAUAGGUCCAAAAAAUAGUUAUUAAAUAAUCAAUAAAGAAAAAGAUUGAAAUUAGUAAUGUUAUGUGUGAAGACUUCAAAGGAAUUUUAAUUUUUCAUUCCUUGAUCUUAUCGCCUUUUUUUCUAUCUUGUACUGUUACGAAUAUUUUUUUUUUUAAAAGUACUUUUAUUUGUGAAGUUAGAAAUUUAAUUUUUCUAUGUUGUUUCGCUCCUAAUCAAUGUAAAAAUUGUACUGAAAAAAUCUAUUUGUCAUCAUGUGAUUGUUUAUAAAUUUAUUUUUAGUGGCAUUUAUUAUGAGUUCCUGCUAAUUAUAGAAGACUACUUUUUAGUCUUUAUUAGAUGUCCUAUAUGUUAAUAAUAUCAGUGUUGCUUUUGAUUAGUCGUAUGAGCAGCUGAUGAUGUAAAUAUUAUUUGCUUUGGUGUUACUUCAUUCUGCUUUGUCCUUUGAUCUCUUGUGUUAUAUGUAAUGCCAGAAGUUUAAUAAAUGAGAAAUAUAUUGAAAGAAUUACAUUUAAAUUAAUUGAUGUUGAACGAAAAAGAAAAUCAUUUAACCAUAUUUCCCUGUCAUAUUACAUCCUCAGAUUGCAUUGGCAGUGCUUUUUUUUUAAUUAUUCAUAUUUGGUUUUUCUUAACUCAUAAGUUCUGGCACAAAACUUUUCAAUAGUAAUCAAAAAAUUUUUUAAAAAUAUUUAUGUAUAUUUAAAAUUGACAUUUCCGAAAUGAUUUUAUUGUCCAAUGUAUUUCUGAGGAAUUGGUAAGGAACAUCUUGGAUAAAAAAAAAUUCGAGAUAUCUAUCCAUAUUAAGACAUAUGUUAACCAUAUAGUGUUAUUUAUUAAGAUCAUCUAAGAUAAUAAGAAACCAAGGGACACGAGAACUUGAUUUGUAUUGUUUAUCUAAAUGUGUAAAUUUAUAAAAUAAAAUAGUAAAGAAUAUAC